CGCUGUGGCUCUGAGCCCACCCGUUGAGGACACUGCCCAGCCAAUCGCCCAGAAGCGGCAGGCCGGUAGCCUCUCGCUCGCAGCGGUCUGGUCUGGUGCCCUCUUCGGUGGGAAGGAAGGCCGGAAGGAAGGGGAGGGGGAGGACGCAAGGCGAGGCGACCGGCCGACGCAGGGAGAGAGAGUGCCGCGCGAGCGCCCCCAAAAUCUCGUCCUGCCGUCCCCCGCGGGAUUUAGGGAGGAAAGGAAGCAAGUGGUUCACCAUGAAGGCGCUCAUUCUUGUUGGGGGUUUCGGAACCCGCCUUCGCCCUUUGACUCUCAGCUUCCCAAAGCCCCUGGUUGAUUUUGCAAACAAGCCCAUGAUUCUGCAUCAGAUUGAAGCUUUGAAAGAAGUUGGGGUCACGGAGGUGGUUUUAGCCAUCAACUACCGCCCAGAGGUGAUGAUUAACUUCUUGAAGGACUUUGAGGAUAAGCUUGGCAUCACAAUUACAUGCUCUCAAGAGACUGAGCCCUUAGGAACCGCUGGCCCACUUGCUCUAGCAAGGGACAAGCUUGCAGAUGGAUCUGGCGAGCCAUUCUUUGUCCUCAACAGUGAUGUCAUAAGUGAAUACCCAUUUGCUGAACUCAUCAAAUUUCACAAGAGCCAUGGUGGUGAGGCAACAAUUAUGGUCACUAAGGUGGAUGAACCAUCAAAAUAUGGUGUUGUGGUUAUGGAGGAGGCAACUGGAAGGGUGGAUAGAUUUGUAGAGAAGCCAAAAAUAUUUGUGGGCAACAAGAUCAAUGCUGGGAUUUACUUGCUGAACCCAUCUGUCCUUGACCGCAUUGAACUGAGGCCAACAUCAAUUGAAAAAGAGGUCUUUCCUCAAAUUGCAGCUGACCAAAAGCUCUAUGCGAUGGUUCUUCCAGGAUUUUGGAUGGAUGUUGGUCAGCCGAGGGACUACAUUACUGGAUUGCGUCUUUAUCUAGAUUCACUUAGGAAGAAAUCAGCUGCCAGGCUUGCUACUGGAGCACAUGUCGUUGGCAAUGUGUUGGUGCAUGAGAGUGCCAAGAUCGGAGAGGGUUGUCUGAUCGGUCCUGAUGUCGCUAUUGGACCUGGAUGCAUCGUGGAGGAUGGUGUGAGGCUUUCCCGUUGCACUGUCAUGCGUGGUGUGCGUAUCAAGAAGCACGCUUGCAUCUCAAACAGCAUUAUCGGGUGGCACUCCACUGUUGGACAAUGGGCACGGAUAGAGAAUAUGACUAUCCUGGGGGAGGAUGUUCAUGUAUGCGAUGAAGUAUACAGCAAUGGCGGUGUUGUUCUCCCACACAAAGAGAUCAAGUCAAGCAUCUUGAAGCCCGAGAUCGUCAUGUGAGCUAUCCAGUUUAGCUACAGCACAUUCUUACCAAGGGAGGAUCCCAAAUCCCCCUUUUACAAACGAUCUCUCUUGGUGUCUUUGUCGUAGUGCAAACAGCAUGAUACAUGUUCGCUUGUUAAAUUAUCGACAAUGUAUCCUUGUUCUAUGUUGAAAAAAUUUAGUGUGUAAUCAUGAGUGACAAAUCACAGGUGAUUGUGCUCUUUUGAGUUACGAGGUUUUGGACUCUUUGGUGUCUGCAGAAGUUCAAUAACAUAGCAAGAAUAAGUUGAGGACAAAGAUUGUGGUCCAAGGUAGCUUCGAGUGAGAUAAGUCUGUUUGUGUGCUAAUUGCUAAAUGCUAUUCAGUAGAAAUGUACACAGAAGCCUAUCUGUGUGAUGUAACCGAAUAUUGUGCAUAUCAAUUUAUACCAAUGAAUAUACUGUCGGUCUGCUACCUUGCCUA